CUAUUUCCUUCCUUUGAAACCACAAACUCUCUGUUUCAACUUUCACUUUGCAUCUUCUGAAUCAUUAUCUGACGAGCUCAAUUACUAGGAGUGUCUGUAAUUAAUGGCUUUGGUUACAACUGCUGAAGUUUGUGAUGCAAAUCCACAGCUAAUUGUGGGUGGUGAGCUUCGGGCUUUCCAGCCAAUAUUCCAAAUAUAUGGUCGUCGCCCGGUUUUCUCUGGACCUAUAGUUACACUUAAAGUGUUUGAAGACAAUGUUUUGAUCCGUGAGUUCCUUGAGGAGAAGGGUAACGGAAGAGUUCUAGUUGUUGAUGGGGGUGGUAGUUUAAGGUGUGCCAUACUUGGAGGCAACCCUGUGGUUCAAGCUCAAAAUAACGGAUGGGCUGGAAUAGUGGUUAACGGCUGCGUAAGGGAUGUUGACGAGAUAAACGGUUGUGACAUUGGGGUGAGAGCGCUUCAUUCUCAUCCUAUGAAGGCCAAUAAGAAGGGAAUUGGGGAGAAACAUGUCCCAAUAACCAUUGCCGGGACUAGGAUCUGUGAUGGGGAUUGGCUCUAUGCAGACACUGAUGGUAUCCUCAUCUCCAAGACUGAGUUAUCCGUUUGAGUGAUCCUUUUCUACCUAAAGCUAAAAUGUGCAGGAUGCCAUUCCGCCCUGGUAAGUUAUGUGUUUCCGCCAUUCUGUUCCCGAGUUGAGAUUUCGAGCAUCGGAUAAAGAUGCGUGAUGUAUCAUUAACUCUGUGACUAUGAAUGUAUGCUAGUCUGUCGUAUUGUUUUAGAUAAAUGAGAAUGGUUAAUAAUUUUUA